AUGUCCCAAGUGAUGUCCAGCACCCUGCGAGCAGGAGGCUUGGCUACCUGUGAGGAAGCCAGGACAGCUCUGCGCCCAGCCCCUGGCCCCAGCCUACCACCGCCGUGUCCUUACUACACCACUGAAGGCUGGGGAGCCCAGGCCCUGAUGGCUCCUACACCUUGCAAGGGCCCCCCCAACAGGCUUCCACAGGCCCCCCAGGCUGAGGUCAAGGCCCACGGCCUCCUGCCAGGUCCCUGUGAGCCAGCCUCGGGGACCCCACAGGGCCUGGAUUCCUACAUUGACUUCUCGCUGGAAAGCCUCAACCAGAUGAUCCUGGAACUGGACCCCACCUUCCAGCUACUUCCCUUGGGGGCUGGCAGCCCCCUGGCUGAACCUGAGCACACCACCAUCUCCAAGAACAAAAAGGAGGAACAAGAAGCCUUAGACAUAAAGUACAUCGAAGUGACCUCCACCAAAUCAAGAUGUCACAAUGGCCCCCAGCAAUGCUCCAGCCCCUCUGUCACCCCACCCUGUGGCUCCCCACGCAUUGGCGGCCUCCUUCUUUCCAGAGACAUCCCUCGAGAGACUCGAAGCAGCAGCGAGAGCCUCAUCUUCUCUGGAAACCAGGGCAGGGGUCCGGCUCCUAUCCCCUCCCCCUCCCCCUCCCCCAGUAUCUCCAUCCCUUGCAGGAGUAGCCGGGCCUCAGGGUCCUCGCUGGUGGCUUCUCCAGGCUUGGAGAAGGGGCUGAGAGCCCUGGUCCCACAGCGGGGCAGCAGGAUCUCUGUGCUGUCAGCCAGCCCAGGGUCGGAUGUCAGCUUCGUGUUUGGAAGCAGCCAGUCCCUCCUCCACUCUAGCCUCUCCAGCCAUCAGUCAUCUUGUAAAUCCUUGGAAAGCCCGGCCAGCUCUUCCUCCAGCCUUCACAACGUUGGCCCAGGGUCCAUGAGUGUAAGACGCAGUGACGUCCAGAGUCCCAGCAACCCUACGUUAAGCAUGAGCAUGAGUCAGCCCAGAGCAGCCCACUCCCCUCCACUGGCCAAGGAGCAGGCCAGCAGCUGCCCUCCAUCCAUCGCCAACUCCAUGGUAGACAUACCCAUUGUGCUGAUUAAUGGCUGCCCAGAACCACGAUCUCCUCCGCCCCAGCGGACACCAGGACACCAGGGCUCUGUCCAGCCUGGAGCUGCGUCUCCCAGCCACACUUGCCAAGCCACCAGGAACCACAGUCAGAACCUGUCAGAUGCCCCCUUCACCAUGUCCCCAGAAGGUCCUGCCAAGGACAUGCAGCCUACCAUGAAGUUUGUGAUGGACACUUCCAAAUACUGGUUUAAGCCCAGUAUCACCCGAGAGCAAGCAAUCGAGCUUCUGAGAAAGGAGGAGCCAGGUGCCUUCGUGGUCAGGGACAGCUCUUCCUACCGAGGCUCCUUCGGCCUUGCCCUGAAGGUGCAGGAAGCUCCGGCAUCCGCCCAGAGCAGACCAGGUGAGGACAGCAGUGACCUUAUCCGACACUUCCUCAUCGAGUCUUCUGCUAAAGGGGUACAUCUCAAAGGAGCAGAUGAAGAGCCCUACUUUGGAAGCCUGUCAGCCUUCGUGUGCCAGCACUCCAUCAUGGCCCUGGCCCUGCCCUGCAAACUCAGCAUCCCACACAAAGAACUUGGAGGUGCAGAUGGAACCACCAACUCAGCUACAGACAGCCCCUCCUCCUGCCUGAAGAAAUCUGCGGGCUGCCACACCUUGUACCUGAGCUCCGUGAGUGUGGAGACCCUGAGCGGGGCCCUGGCUGUGCAGAAAGCCAUCUCUACCACCUUCGAGAGAGAUGUCCUCCCCACACCCACCGUGGUGCAUUUCAAAGUCACCGAGCAAGGCAUCACCCUGACAGAUGUCCAGAGAAAAGUGUUUUUCCGGCGCCAUUAUCCACUUUCCACCCUGCGUUUCUGUGGCAUGGACCCUGAGCAACGGAAGUGGCAGAAAUACUGCAAGCCAUCCUGGAUCUUUGGGUUUGUAGCCAAGAGCCAGACGGAGCCCCAGGAAAAUGUGUGCCACCUCUUCGCAGAAUAUGAUGCUGUCCAGCCUGCCUCCCAGGUCAUCAGCCUGGUAGCUGCUCUGCUGCGGGACACAGAACGGAUGUAGGGGGAAGGAGGGGCACCUAUGUGCCCUCCUGAACACCUUAAGGGCCUUAUCCA